CAUGCAUACAGCACAGACUUUGCCUGCCGCAGAACAGACCCCAUCCUGUAAAGGCAGAGCCUGAGGAGCCAAUGUGAUCCUGGAAAUCUUCAUGUGCAUGUGUGCCAGAGAAGGGGGAGAGAGAGAGAGAGACCUGGUGUGAAGGAGAGUAGGGGAGGAAGGCAGGGAGAGAAGGGAGCUUGCUUCACGCACUGCUGAAGGCUGUCAGAAGCAGAUCAUACAAGCAACACUCUGGCUGGUGCACAGUUUAAGGGACAACAUUCACUGACUUUAUUCAUUGAAUUGCUGAAGGACAGAUAUGACAUCUAACUGCUGCUUCUAUGUGUUCUUGCUUAUUGGUACCAGGGUCAUCUGUGACUCUUUGGAAGAUCAUGUUUCUGGAACUGGGGUCAGGUGCCCCCUGGGCUACUUUCCAUGUGGCAACAUCACAAAGUGUUUGCCCCAGCAACUUCACUGUAAUGGUGAGGAUGACUGUGGGAAUCGGGCCGACGAAGAAAACUGUGAAGACAACAAUGGAUGGUCUCUGCAGUUUGAUAAACAUUAUACAAAGGACAAGUACAAUAAACUGAAAUCUCUGUAUGCAUUUCAGAAAAAGACACCUGAGUGCUUGGCUGGUGAUGUACCAUCAGAGUGUACCUGCCAAGGGCUGGAGAUCUUCUGUGAUGCUGCCAAAUUACGAGCUGUCCCAUCAGUCUCUUCAAACAUAACCGUAAUGUCUCUUCAGAGGAAUCUGCUAAGAAAACUUUCUGCUGAUGUUUUCAAGAAAUAUCAAGAUCUUAAAAAUCUGUAUCUUCAGAAUAAUAAAAUUAGAGCUGUAUCUGAACGUGCUUUCAAAGGAUUAUACAAUUUGACAAAAUUAUACCUGAGUAACAACAAGAUAACUAGUUUGGAGCCUUUUGUUUUUGCAGACCUCCACAGACUUGAAUGGCUGAUAAUUGAAAAUAAUAGGAUAAAUCGGAUCUAUCCAUUAACAUUUUAUGGACUCAAAUCACUUAUUCUUCUGGAAAUGAUGAAUAAUUCUCUUGCUCGUUUGCCUGAUAAACCUCUGUGCCAAUAUAUGCCAAGACUAAACUGGCUAGACCUUGAAGGGAACCAUAUCCAUCAUGUGAGAAAUGCUACUUUCAUCUCCUGCAGCACUCUAACUGUAUUGGUGAUGAGACGAAAUAAAAUCAGCUCUCUAAAUGAAAACAGCUUUUCUUCUCUCCAGAUGUUAGAUGAAUUAGAUUUGGGUAGCAACAAGAUUGAAUCACUUCCUCCAUAUAUAUUUAAGGAUCUAAAGGAGCUUUCACAACUGAAUCUUUCUUACAACCCCAUCAAGAAAGUACAAAUAGACCAGUUUGAUUUUCUAAUUAAACUCAAAUCCCUCAGUUUGGAGGGCAUUGAAAUUGCAAACAUCCAGAGAAGAAUGUUCAGACCCCUGAGAAACCUUUCCCACAUAUAUUUUAAGAAAUUCCAGUACUGUGGCUAUGCCCCUCAUGUGCGCAGCUGUAAGCCCAACACUGAUGGGAUUUCCUCCCUCGAGAAUCUUUUAGCUAGCAUCAUACAGAGAGUGUUUGUCUGGGUUGUAUCUGCCAUCACCUGCUUUGGAAAUAUUUUUGUUAUCUGCAUGAGACCUUACAUCAGAUCAGAGAAUAAGCUGCACGCCAUCUCAAUAAUGUCUCUUUGCUGUGCUGACUGUCUGAUGGGAAUAUAUUUAUUUGUGAUUGGAGCUUUUGAUCUUAAGUAUCGUGGAGAAUACAACAAGCACGCUCAGUUGUGGAUGGACAGUAUUCACUGUCAAUUGGUUGGAUCGCUGGCUAUUCUGUCUACAGAGGUGUCAGUCUUACUGUUGACAUAUCUGACUUUGGAAAAAUACAUCUGCAUAGUUUAUCCUUUUAGGUGUUUGAAGCCCAGAAAAUGCAGGACAAUUUCCAUUUUGGUUCUUAUCUGGAUAAUUGGGUUUGCUGUUGCUUUUAUCCCACUGAGCAAUAAGGAAUUUUUCAGGAACUACUAUGGCACCAAUGGUGUCUGUUUUCCUCUUCACUCAGAACAAUCAGAAAGUUCAGGAAGUCAGAUUUACUCUGUUGUCAUUUUCUUAGGUGUAAACUUGGCAGCUUUUAUCAUCAUUGUGUUUUCCUAUGGGAGUAUGUUCUACAGUGUUCACCAAACAGCUAUUAUGGCUACUGAAAUUCGGAAUCAUAUUAAAAAAGAGAUGAUCCUUGCUAAACGUUUCUUCUUCAUUGUAUUUACUGAUGCACUAUGUUGGAUACCUAUUUUUAUUUUGAAACUCCUUUCUUUACUUCAAGUAGAAAUACCAGGUACCAUAACUUCUUGGGUGGUGAUUUUUAUACUGCCAAUAAAUAGUGCUUUGAAUCCUCUUCUCUACACUUUGACUACAAGACCUUUCAAAGAAAUGAUUCAUCAGGUUUGGUACAAUUACAGACAAAGAAGAUCCAAAAGAGGUAAAGGCAGCCAGAAAAUAUAUGGUCCAUCAUUCAUUUGGGUAGAGAUGUGGCCAAUGCAUGAAAUCACGCCAAAGGUUACGAAGCCUGUGCUUUGUACAGACUCUUCUGAUGCUUCAGUGACUACACAGUCAACAAGACUAAAUUCAUACACGUAAACACAUUCUGAAUCCUCACGGUGACAUUGGUACUGUUAGCUUCAUAUCUGUGGGCUUACUCCUUUACAGCAAUGAGGAAAAACGAGGGAGGUGUGACACUUGGGCUCACGUGAACCACUGCGGCAAGAAGAGGGAAUAAUAAGUCUGAGUAUAGGUAGAACUGACGCAACAAUAAUUUUACCAUCUCACAGCAGUACCUGACAUUUUGACAAUUCAUCCUAGAUCAGAAUGAGAAAUCAGUUGUUCGGGAAUUUUUUCUUCCAGAAGCCAGGAGUGUGGAAAAAAAUUAUUUUUCAUUUAAA